AUGAUCAGGAUUGUGCUCCUCUUCGCGCUGCAGUUGGCCCUAAGCAAUGCGCAGAGCGAGCGGCGGAGCUUCCACGGCUUGGUGUACUUCAGCUCGGGCCACGUGAUGAUCGCGAUGAUGGUACUCUCUUUUCCGCCGAAGCCGAAUCGAGAGGGCAAUUUCAACGUCUACAGGGACGCGUGCGAGCAGCUGCUGAAGUGGGCCAAACCGGAGUACCUUAAGAUCCCGCAGCGCUUCACGCCCGUGGUCUGCAUGGAUCUCAACUCAGGGCCCUGUCCUGAGGUGGACUCGGAGGCGGCGGGGCCGCACGGGGCAGAGAAUGAGAACGCGUGCGGGGCGGCAGUCCACGAGUGGCUCGACUCUGUCGGGCCGGCCUCGAACAGGGCCAGCCAGAUCGACUACGCGCGCAUCCCUGCGGGCGCCCGCCCGCUUGUUAGGCGGGCCAAGACAUGGGAGAGGUCUGCCCAGGAGGACCGUUCCAUGCCUGCAGUCCUGGAUCACACCCCCGUCGUGCUAAAAAUUAAGAUAAUGCCGCCGCUGGUCCUCACGCCACGGAAGGAGCGCCGGGUCCGUGCUAAGCUGAGCAAGGCGGCCCUCACGGGCGUCGGGCGGGAGGCCUUCUUGUCGGAGAUCCAGGAGCUGUAG